AUGAAAGAAGCAUUCAAGGCCUUUACCGUACGUGAGGAACAGCUUGAUAUUCCCCUGCACUAUUUAGCCUCAGAAUCAGUCUUCACAGAGAGCGUGAUAUACGCGCUUACUAGUGAUGAAACCUUAAUUCCAUUCGAAAUAGAUAUCGAACGAACAGCUACUUUUGCUUAUGAGUUUGCAUGUUGGAUGUGGGAAGAAUUAAGCAGUAUCGAUCCUGCAAGCUACAAUAUUCUGCCUUUUACAUUAGCUAUCAGAAAAGAAGUUGAAGUCUCAGAUGGUAAGCUCAAGGAAUGGAAUUCUUGGUAUGAUGACAAGAAGAAGAAUGAUCCCAAUUUCGAGAAGGACUACAAAGAAGCAAUCAGCAGGCCGCGAACGAUUGAAGAAUUAACGUACGAAACAAGCGCAAGGUUUAGAGCAACAAGUCCAUCAUGUAUCAGAAAACUGGAGGUGGUCAGGCUAGGGGAAGAUGGUUCAAACAAGUCCCGUCCAAUUUGCUUGGAAGACCUGGUUCUGGGAUCAGAAGUCACUCGUCUGCAUUGCUAUCAUGUCUUCCAUGGAGACUGCAUUCGGAAGUGGCUACAAGAGAGUCAUAUGUGCCCCUUGUGUCGUUCUCAAAAUCCUUGUGUCUAG